GAUAAAGGGACAGCGAAAAGGUGAGUUGGGUCAGUGGUGUUUCUACACGACUACAGUCUCGAAUGAAGAGUCGGUAGAAAUUGGCAAAGCCAAGAAACCACUGGAGCUGUUUCACGGAGGUGGGUCUCAACCACUCUGCCACUGCCAGAAUCUUUUCUGGAUCCGUCUUCACCUUAAUCCACAGUAGUCAAUACACAGGUGCAGGGUGGAAGUAAAUCAUUGGCACAAUCAUAGGGGUGAUGUGGAGGCAGAGAGAGGGCUUGUUGCUUACAGAAAACUUAGCUGAGGUCAAGAUAUCCGGGGGGGAAUUGUAGACAGGUCUGGGGGUUCAGGAACGGAUGGAGUGACAGUGCCCUCUGUAGGGGGGAGAGUAGACUGCAGGCACGUGGAAUGACAAAAGGACCUCCAACUAACAACCUUGCCAGCGGACCAGUCAAGAUGGGGAGAAGAGGUGAGGUGAAACCAGAUAUGCUCAUGGUGAUUUCCAGAGAGGAUAAGGAGCACAGGACAGGUUUGGUGUGUGACUCAGGUGACUCCUGUCCAAAGCAGGGGAAGCAAGGGGCUCGACAGAAAUGCCAGCCUGGGAAGCAAGUUUAAAGUCCAGGACAUUUUCAUGAGUGCCAGAGUCCACUAAAGCUAGCAGAGGUAAGGAUUCUUGAUUCCAACAUAAUGUGGCUUGAAACUGCAUAUGUGGGAAAGGAGGAGAAGAGGUUUGGCUCACCAGUACCCCCACCUUUACUGGUGAGCUCCCUCUUUGGCCGAAGGGAGCAGGUGGCAAGAAAAUGGCUGGUCUGGACACAAUACAGGCACUCACCCACCUUUGUUCUUCGGAGACGUUCAGCAGGAGAAAGAUGAGCCCGGCCCAGCUGUAUGUGCUCUUCUCCAGGAGAAGCAGAGGAGGCAGAACUGGCAACUGCACAGGUGACAGGCGAACAACUAGGAUUAAUUCUUGUGGGAAGUGGACAAAGAUGGUGGGAGGCUAAUUUUGUCCCUACGUCGCUCACAGAGGCAUUUAUCUAUCUUACUGGCCAGGGAGAUUAGGGAGUCUAUGUUGUCGGUGUCAUCCCUUGCGGGUAGCUUAUCCUUCACUAUGUCACUGAACCCAUUAAGAAAACCCCCCUCGAGUGAGUUGUCAUUCCACCCAGAAUCUGCAGCUAUGUUCCUAAGUUCUAUGGAAUACUCCGCUAUGCUACAAGGACCCUGACAAAUGUGGCGGAGAUGUCUGGCAGAGUCUCUGCCUCGGACGGUGUGAUCAAAAACUUUCUUCAUCUCAGAAAUAAAGUUAACAAAGGAGGAACUAAUGGCAGGUUGAUUCUCCCACACAGCUGUUGCCCAGGCUAAGUGGGCGUUCCCACUAGCCUUAGACUUAUCUGUAGUGUAGGUUGAUGGCUGUUGUUUAAAGACCAGAGAGCACUGGAUAAGGGAUGCCCUGCACAUUCCCAAAUUCCCAGCAACCUCAUGCCCCGGCACUCCAGCGCUGGGGCAUGAGGUUCUCUGGACGAGGAAACCGGGGGAGCAGGGGUGGCUGCGCGAGCAGACUGGCUGGGCUGGAAUACGGGGACUGGAUUGGAGAGGUGAGUGGAAACAGUGUCACCUUGAUUGUCGAUCCUGGUUACAUGGGUCAAAAGAGUCUCGGGAUUCCCCAUGACUUCCCGGAGAAGUUGAUUGUGCUGACCCUAUGGCCUUGGGUGGCGAGGGCUUGGCGGAGCGACUCUGAGUCUGCUGGGACCAUGUUGGCGAGAUCAUUUUGUUAACAAUCAACAGGGGGGAACCCAAAUGCAGGACACAGACUCAGGGAAAUGGAAUGAAUAAGAAAAAGGUUUAUUGACUGGAUUCCAGGGGAUGAGUGUGGCAGAGCAGGGGAAAUGGCUGAAUAUGAGCGUGGCUGAGCAGCCAAAGCAUGGUACAUUUGUGUUUUUACAUUGGAACAAGCAGAGGUCCAGGGAAAACAGUAUUGUCAAGAACAUACUGUAGGCUAUACCUUAUAUGUUAAUGUGUAUGUUGUAAAGUAGGCCUACUUACAGUAUGGAGUACAAUAUUGUACUUACAGGAGACUUCAGAACCCUGGGGUUUAUGUGGAUUGACAGUGCUAUUAAUUGUUGUUAUGGAGUAGGCUACAGUGAGUAAUAGUAGUAGUAGUAGUACAGUGUUCAUCUAAAGGUUAAGGACGUUGUAAAAGACAAAUAUCAAAAUGAAAAUAUGAUAUGACAAGUUAUGGGUCAUUUCAACUUUAAAACUUUGCACGUCUCUUCUAACAGUAAACUAAUUUCAAGCAAUUUCAGCUUGCAUCCAAGAACAAGCUGACCUAAUGCCAAAACAUCUCUAUAGUGUCCCUCAACAACAGCUCCAUGGAAGAUAGUUUCAUCUGCCACUCACUUCACCAGCAAAUGUUGGGUACCUGAUUUUUCAAUACUUAACAGUGUUGUAUUCCAUGGCCAUGUUUUGAGUUGCUAGGAGAAGAAGACCCUAAAAUCUGUCAGCACUACGUCCAAGCACCAAAUGAUGUGAAGAUUGAAUUUGUACACGAGCCAAACCCCAAAUCUGACACCAUCAUUGUCUCCUGGAAGCCCAGUUACUAUGGAAUCGCCUUCCUGCGAGGCUUUCAGGUGUCCCUCCAGGCUUUGGGAGGGUCUGGUGUUGCCUGUCAGCUCUUUCUCUUCCACCGUAACCUCUCGCUUCUGGCUUCACAUGCUCAAAGGGUGUACAAGUCGGACCCUUUCCCCGGCCUCUCUCUUGGGUCCCAGUAUGCUGUUACUGUCAUGGCUCUACCAGUGCCUGAGGAGUGGGAGAGGUUCUAUCACAGCAAGAUCUUCUCCACACGCUCAUGUGCAGAGAAGAACGGUCUUGAGCAGUGCAAAAAAAGACUGGUAUCCCAAACAUAUUGAGGUCCAACAGGAAGGGACUGCCAUCACUGUGACCUUUAACCUGGCUCCCCCAAACCUGGGCAUCAGAAGCUACUUCUCACUGUGUUACGCAAACGGCAUAAAGAAAUACACAGACAUAAUACCUAAUUCCAACAAAAACAAAACUCACCACAGCUAUCAGCUGAAUGACCUUCAAGAAGGAACGAAUUACACUUGUGAGAUUGCAGCUAAUGAAGUGGAUGCAGUGAGGAAAACAUUCAAUGUUCAGGUCAUGCGCAUUCAAAAAGAAGGUGCCUCGUCACUCUCUGUCACUCCCUCCUUGGCUCUGAUGGUUCCACUGUGCCUGGCUGUGGUAGCCAUACUUGUCGUCUUGCUGACUGCUUUCACCAGGAGGAGGCCCAAGCUGCAGAUGAAGAAACUUGACAUAAAACCAGAUAUUAUCAAGCAGCAUCAAGAAAGUGGGACUCAGGAGGAAGUGAUGGCUUUGCCCAGAAACAGGCUGACCCCUCCUCGACUUCUGAUUUGCUACAGCAGCUAUGAUGGCCCCGCUCAUGUCAAAGCUGUCAUGCAUUUAGGGGCCUUCAUACAACAGCACAUGGCCACUCAGGUGUGCUUGGACCUGUGGGACUCUAUGAGUGUCACUGAGGAGGGCAGUAUGGCCUGGCACUGCCGUCAGAUCCGGGAGUGCGACUUCAUAUUGGUGAUCUGUUCUUGGGGCUUCAAUCACAGACCUAAGUCUCCAGAGCCAGAGGGUCACAACGAAGAUGAGGAGGCAGAUAGUGGGAUGGACUUUGGGUCCAACGCUUUCAGCUCUGAUGUAGCCGUCCAACUGGUUGGAGAGGAAGUGGGACGAGCCAAAGCCAGGGGCCAGGACCUGUCUAAAUACAUGACGGCCAUUUUUGAGUACUCUGAGGAAACGGACAUUCCCACUGAGCUGAGGCUGGUAUCUCACUACACGCUGACAAGUGACUUACAGCUGCUCUUCUCCCACCUACAUGGAGUGGCUCUGCACAGGCCGGGGGGUUACCUGAAGAUAAACCAUAUCUCAGAGGAAGGCUUUAGUAAGUUACCAGCCGGAGUAGUUCUGCAGUGGGCUAUCUAUGAAGCUGGGAUUGCAAUGAGGGCAAAAGGGCAUCACUCUGUGGAGGGGAGGGCCCUAAACACUAAAAAAAGGCAUCCAUGCGCCCUGACUUAAUAGUGAUCCUCAUCCCAAUAUAAGAGAACGGUUUACCUGAAAAUAGAUGUUCAUGAUGGCCACAAACUUGAUGGUUCCAUACUGGAUCUGGCCAGACAGGAGGAGCCGUGAGCUCACAGCAGCAUGGUGACUAGUACAUCUACAAUCCUUGCUGAUGUGCCCUUAAACAAUCGACCAAUUAGCCACCUCUACCUCAGCUGUGCUGCAAUGGCAGCAACCGUGCACUUUGACCUCUAAAAUGUGUUAACAUGCUACGUAUGUUUGUGUAUAGGAAGGAUUUGUAAAAAAUAACAUCCAGUAAUAUGUGUGAUGGUCAAUAAAGCUAUCUUAAGCUCACAAAUGUAUUUUGGCAGACAUUUUCUGUUUAUUUUCUUGCAGUGUCAUGUAAAAAGUUAUUAUGAAAUGAAACAUUUGUAAUACAAGCAUUGUACAUAAAUAAACAAUUAAUCUUAUACAUGAGUAGGGCUGCACCGUUAAUUGAACUACUGCGCACAGUUAAUUGAACUGCGAUAUAUCGAUAUGGCGCAGAAACUGCAAUGUUUUGAUUAAGGUAAAAUGAACGACAAAACUAUUAUAAAAGUAUUAUAAUGAAAUACUGUAGUGCUGCAGAGAUGCCCUGGUCAAUAAAUGUUGUUCUCCAGAUGUAAGAAAACAUGUUUUUUUGGUACAGACCCCAACAAAUGUAACAUCAUCAUGACUUUAAUAGUUUUUUCAGUGAAAAUGAAAAUUGUGAUGCAAAAAUGAUCGUUCCCACUAAUCGUGAAUCAUAUCGCAAUUGUAAUAUCUGUCAAAAUAAUCGCAAUAUGAUUUUUUGUUACCAUAUCGUGCAACCCUAUAGUGAGUUACUGAAGUUAUCCUGUGAGAAUGUUUGCCUUGAAGUACAUAAUGAACAUUGUAUACAUGUGUGUUUACAGUCAUACAUGCAGUUCAUACAGCUUAUAGUUUAUUUAUACAUGUCCAUAUCUCACACAAGAAUGGAUUAAUAGGUCCUAUCACUGAUGUAUGGUUACACAUGUGGAUAAAUGUCAGUUCUCUUUCAUUUUCUAUUGUAUUUUUAUGAAAUUUGGAUUUUCUUUUGUGCAUCUAAUCAUCUAAUAAAAUAAGAUUAAAACAA